UCUCAGCCCUUCUAGUUCAUAACAGCGGCGGUAGUUGGUUUGCUAAACGGAGGAAGAAAAUCAAAAUAUAUAUUAUAUAUUAUAUAGAUGCGCGUCUGCGCCGAAGGAGCCCCGGAGAGUGAAUGUGUGGCGAUGCUUUGCGAGCCGCUGAUGUCUUGUUUAUUUCCUCCGCAGGGAGAAAAGCCGCGACGCCACGCCACGCCGGACGGCAGCGCUCCCGUCACAGGGACACGGACCAGGUUUGCAUGACGUGGGCAACGUUUUGGGGUUUUUUUUUUUCCCCUAUCGCGCCCUUUUUAAUCUCUAAAACUUGGAGGGGGGAGGGGUCCAGUCGGGGAGUUGAAGGAAGAUCCCGAGUGAAGGGACUCGGGGACUCCGGACAUGGCCCGCGCGCAGCAGACGGACCUGUCCUUCGCCUGGGAGAAGUACAUGGACUGCAGACUGCAGGGAGCCGACCUGCAGGUUAGCCUGCAGUGUCUGGAGAACUUCCUGUGUCUCUUCCACUGCGUGCGGCACUUCCACAGCCACGGCAUCAAGGACGCGCUCAGAUUCUGCUCAGACAUGAGCGGGGCCAGUAACACACUGGCGAGGGAGUUCCUGACUGAUGUACAUCAGCUGUGCAGCGCGGUGGCUCAGAGAGCAGAGGCACGGGAGGAGGAUGAGGAGGAGAGUCACAUGGUCGCUUUGGGGGAGUACUUGGUCAGGGGGCGUGGCUUCCUCUUGCUCAGUGCCCUGGACUCCAUUAUUGACCAGGAGCUGACCUGUCGGGAGGAGCUGCUCACCCUGCUGCUGUCCCUGCUGCCACUAGUCUGGAAGAUCCCUGUGCAGGAGGAGAAAGCCCCAGAUUUCACCCUGCCGUCCCUGCUGGAAGUGUUCCUCAGCCGGGAGGUGAAGGCUGUCCCUCUCAGAGCAGGACAGAAGAUUGGCACAGAUGCACAGAAUUCUGGAAAGAGGUCAAAUGCUGGCAGUGGCACCUGGAAGUCCAGGAGGUCGCGGCGAACUGCUCAGAGAUAUUCUGUGAGGGAUGCACGCAGGUCUCAGCUGUCUACCUCUGAUUCAGAUGCCAAUUCAGAAGAAAAAGCUGUCCCUGCACAUGGUGGAACGAGGAGCAGAAGGUCUCACAGCUCUGCUGUCCAUGUGAGCUGUCAACGUCAUUGCACAGACAGCCCACCAUUACCAUCCACCACUGCAUCUGAAACCAUGAGCGCACCCUACCCCCAUCCCCGGGCUUUGGGGUUCCAGACCCUGGACACUGAAACACUGACUGAUCCAGCUGCAAUGUCAAUUUUUAACCGCAUGGAAAACUCACCCUUUGACCUCUGCCACGUGCUACUUUCUCUGCUGGAGAAGGUGUGUAAGUUCGACAUGAGCAUAAACCACAAUCCUGGCUUAGCAGUCAGUGUAGUACCCACUCUCACAGAGAUCCUGACAGAGUUUGGAGAUUGCUGUGGACCAGGGGAUGGGGGAGGAGGGGGUGCAGGGGCAGAGGAGUUAGCGGGAGGCUGGACGGAGGAGCCUAUUGCCUUGGUCCAGAGGAUGCUGCUACGCACCAUCCUACAUCUAAUGUCAGUAGAUGUGGGUCAGAGCGAGACCCUUCCAGACAGCCUGAGACGCAGCUUAACAGAUCUGCUUCGAGCCACCCUCAAAAUCCGUAGCUGCCUCGACAAGCAGGCUGACCCUUUUGCUCCCCGGCCUAAGAAGACCCUGCAAGAGGUCCAGGAUGACUUCUCUUUUUCCCGCUAUCGCCACAGGGCCCUGCUACUGCCAGAGCUUUUGGAAGGGGUGCUACAAGUGCUGUUGGGAUGCCUACAGGCCUCCACCCCCAACCCCUUCUUCUUCAGUCAGGCCCUGGAACUCAUCCAUGAGUUUGUCCAGCACCGUGGCCUAGAGCUUUUUGAGGCCACAGUGCUGCGGCUUGAAGCACUUGGAAGGGCACAGGAUUCUGAGGUGGGAAGUGAAGCUUUAGAGAGGCUGCGUGGUCUUAUAGCGGGAGUUCUGAAGAUUGUCAGCGCUGUCAAGAAGGCCAAGUCGGAGCAGCUGCACCAGUCAGUGUGUGCCCGGCGACGACACCGUCGAUGCGAAUAUUCCCACUUCCUGCACCACCACCGUGACCUCUCUGGUCUACCCGUCUCUGCCUUCAAGCAGGCUGCACGACGGAAUCCCUUUGAGGAGGAGAGUGAGGGCAAGGAGGGGGAUGCUGUGCAUUACCCUGAGCGCUGCUGCUGCCUGGCUGCCCUUGCCCACCAAUGUCUGCGGCUACUGCAGCGCCUCUCCCCCAGUGGAUCAGCAAUCCUGCAGGUUCUUGCUGGGGUGCAGGCAGUGGGUAUCUGCUGCUGCAUGGACCCCCGAUCAGUAGUUGGUCCCCUGCUGCACGCCUUCCAAGCCCCUGGCCUGCGCAGUUACCAGUCCCAUGUGCUGAGUGUCCUGAGCAGGCUGAUUCUAGACCAACUUGGUGGAGGGCAGCCCUCAGAAAAGGCUAAGCUGGCUUCCUGUAAUAUCUGCACUCUGGACAGCAGCCAGCUUCCAGGUCUGGAGGAGACGUUGCAGCAAGGGGAACCCUCUGCUGUCCUCCCCAGUCUGUCCUACCGCUCCCAGGGCAUUUUGCCAAGUGGAGGGGGUGCCGAGGAUAUGCUGUGGAAAUGGGACGCUCUUGAGGCCUACCAGGAGUUGGUGUUUGGCGAAGACUGGCAGCUAAGUCAGCAGAUAGCUGGCCAUGUGUGCUACCUCACCCUGCGAGGAAAUGCUAUAGUACAGUGGCAGCUCUACACACACAUCUUCAACCCUGUGCUGCAGAGAGGAGUGGAACUGGUCCAUCAUGCCCAGCAGCUAGGUGUGUCCACCGUCUGUACGCAAGUCUGCAGCUACCACACCCAGUGUCUGCCUGUGGAGGUGCUACUCAUAUACCUGCAGAUGUUGCCUUCGCUCCUCAAGUCAAGGGUGAUCAGAGACCUCUUCAUUAGUUGCAAUGGGCUGAAUCAGGUGACAGAGCUGAUCUACCUGGACCAGACACGCUCUUGGGCUUUGAAAGUGUUUGAGACCCUGAUACUGGGUGUUGGGGACCAGCAGGCUGAUGGAGUAGUUCAGGAGCUAGAGAGUGCUGAUGCCCAAGAACGGGAGGCCAUCUUAGGCCUGGCUGAGGAAUUAGGGUCCCAAGGGGCUGGAGAGGGCCCGCAGAGUCUCAACAAGUUCUAUGAAGGCCUGAAGGAGGCAUGCCCACGUCGUAGGAGUGGGCCGGGGGCUGGACCACGGCGCAGCCGAGCAGAGACGCACCUCAACACCAUUAACCUCUUCCUGUGUGUGGCCUUCCUCUGCGUCAGCAAAGAGGCGGACUCCGACCGUGACUCGGCCAAUGAUUCUGAGGAUACUUCAGGUUAUGACAGCACAGCCAGUGAACCACUGGGGGGGAGGCUGCCUUGCCUGUCCCCAGAUAGUGUGGCUCUGCCCUCAAAAGAGCAGGUGCGACGGGCUGCAGAUGUUUGGUCAGUGUGUCGGUGGAUCUACCUGGCCAGUCCUGUAUUCCAGAGGCAGUUCUUCAGGCUGGGAGGCCUGGAUGUUUGCUUGCGCCUCAUGGCCAUGGUUAUCCAGAAACUAACAUGUAAGACCAAGGAUGGCAAGGCCAAGAAGAAGAGGGAUGGUAAGGGCAAGUCUAGUCCAUGUAACCCUGGCUCUCCAGCCCCAGUAUCAACUCCUGCUGAGCACAGCUGUACCUCACUGGUGGUGGAGGAAACGAUUCAAGACACUGCCGACCAUUAUGUCACUGGCCCAGCUGAGGGAAAAAACAAAGAUCCAGCAAAAAAACUUGAGGAGGAGUGGCCAUUACAAAGCAUUCGCCUCCUGGAGGCCCUGUUAGCUAUUUGCCUACAUGGCGCUAACUCAGCCCUGCAGAGGAUUGAGCCAGAACUUUCCUUUCAGCUCCAGUCAGUAGAGGAGACCCUGUGUGAGGUCAGAGAGCAACUCGCUCACUCUGGAGUUGUGAACUCUGACCUGGCUGUGCCCCUGUUUGACUCUCUGCUGAGAGUAGCCCGGGCCGAAGUGUCCUCCUGUCCUGAUCCCCCAGAAGAGAAACCCGAUAGGAAGCUGCAAGUGCUGGUGGAGAAUGUGGCCCCGGCGGGAGACCUGUCUGAAGAGGUGGAUGAGGGGCAGAGCUGCGGCGUGAAGCCCCCGGAGGAGGAGGAGGAGGCGGGCUACGACGCCGACAGUGAGAGCAACCCUGAGGACAUGGCUAAACAGGAAGAAGGAGAGAAGGUGGAGUCGUCAGCCGUGCUGCGAGACUGUGCAUUCGGGGUGGUGGAGGAGGGCCCCGGACGUGGCGUGCUGCUCUUCCCGCAGAUCUGCACCAUGGAGCUGCAGCUUCUGGCCACAGGCUCCCCGGACCUAGACGUCCUGCAGCAUGUGUUCCACAGCCUGCUGGGGGCGGUGCGUGCCAACCACCGCAACGCCGCUCUGCUCUACAACCAGGGCGGAGUCAAAACCAUCUUGUCUGGCUUCCACAACAUCCUCAGCCAAACCGACCCCUCCUUUAAAGACUGCCAGGUCGUACUGGUGGAGCUGCUGGUUUCCAUGGUGAGCCAGCAAAUCACUGCUGAGGAACUGGCCCUGUUGAUUCGCCUCUUCCAGGAGAAGAACCCUCCCACUGAGAUUUUGCUAAAGGGUAUCCUCCAAAUCGUUGAAGCCACCAUGCACACGGAACCUCUUCACUUCCUCUCCUUCCCAAUAAGCCUCUGUGCCUCCACGCCGGGAGGGACAUCGCCGACCUCCCGACAGAAUGGUGCAGCCGGGGGCAAAUCUGUGGGGCUCCUCUGGAAGGGCAAACUCUCCCCCAGGCGCCGGGAGGGCGACACCGAGUCCCGAGCGAGCCACAUCCACACCUCGCCCUGGCACGUCUCCCCUCUCCACCUGCCUCUGGUCGGACAGAACUGCUGGCCGCACAUGGCCAGCGGCUUCAGCGCCUCCAUGUGGUUGAGGGUUGCGGAGCUGGAGGAUACGGACAGGGACAAAGACAAGGGUGAGAGACAGCCCCGCUUGUAUGAGAGCCUUUACAUUUGCCGUCUCCAGAUUGGAAUUGGUGUUGGGUAUUUUCCUCUUUGCGUUGCAGAGGAAGGGAAGCCUCCUGCCGUUGAGACUCACCAAAGCGCCCCCCAGGCAGGGCAGAGAGGAUCAGAAAAAUGCCUAAUGCACAUUCUAUCCAUGGGUUCAAAGGUACUAAUGCUUCAGGUGUGGGCUGAUUUCGCCUCCGGGUCCCUCACAUUCAGGCUUUGCAUAGAUCCAAAUGAUGAAAUAAAGGCAGGCCUGCUGGCACAGGCGGAGUCUGGUGAGGGACUGCUCAAGUCGGGCCAGUGGCAGCACUUAGGCCUCACUUACAGCCAGCAGCCAGAGGGCAAGAAGAACAUCCAUGGCCGCCUGGUGGUGUGGGUGUGUGGUGUCAGGAAAUGUGAGGUGUCUCUAGACUAUACUCUGCCCAGAAAGUCCAGCCUGUCCUCAGACAGCAACAAGACUUUCUGCAUGCUGGGCCACUGCAUGCCCUCCAGUGAGGAGCUGCUUAAACAGGGAGGGCGUUGGAACAUGGGCACCGUGCUCCUCUUCAAUGGUUCAAGAAUAGGACCCGAAGAAGCUUUUUACCUGUAUGCCAGUGGGCCUGACCUUACCUCCAUCAUGCCCUGCAAGUACGGCAAACCCAAUGGGAUAUUCUCCAAGUAUGUCACCCAGGAGGGGCUGAAGAGCGACUCUGUGCGAGAGCUUCUGAUGAAGAACAAGGAUGUCGACACAACAGCACUCGUAGAGAGCUUGGCAGUGGUCUACGCCCCCAGCAGUCCUAGAGUCUACACUAUCUAUGAACCUGUCAUCAGACUGAAGGGCCAAGCCAAAACCGUGGUGACCCAGCGUCCUUUCAGCUCCAAAGAGGUGCAGAGUGGUGCCCUGGAGCCCCACGCUCUGAGGAGUCUACUCCCCACCAAGUCACAAGGCCUGCAGAGCGUCCUGCACAAGAUCGGAGGCACAGGGACCUUCGUCUUCCUCUUUGCACAGGUGGUGGAGCUAAGCAACUGUGAGAAGACCCAGGCCUUGGCCCUACAGGUGCUGCUGUCCUUAUCUAAGUUCAACCAGCACCGCAUUCAUGAGAUUGACUGUUACCAUGGAUACUCCAUGAUCCACCAGGUCCUCAUUAAGUCCAAGUGUGUCGUGGGAUACCACGUGCUGAAAACGCUGCUGGAUGGGUGUUGCAGCGGUCCGAUCAUCACUCUGGGGGAGGACGGUCAGUUCCGUCUGGACACCGAGUCCACUGCAGUCGUUCAGGAUAUCAAGCUUUUGUCUGACGUCUUGCUGGACUGGAAGAUCUGGGCCAAGGCUGAGUAUGGAGUAUGGGAAACCCUGCUUACUGCCCUGGAGAUUCUCAUCAGGGUGCACCACCCCCAGCAGGUCUUCAACAUUCGACAGUUCCUCAAGGCGCAGGUGGUACAUCGCUUCCUGCUCACCUGCCAAGUGUUACAGGAGCAUCGAGAUGAGCACCUGACCUCCAUCCCACAGGAGGUGUGUCUGUCAUUCGUCAAAAUCAUCCAGGAAGUAUUGGGUUCUCCUCCAGACCUGGAUCUACUCAGGCUGGUCUACAAUUUCCUGCUUGCCGUUCACCCCCCGACCAAUACCUAUGUCUGCCACACUCCAACCAGCUUCUACUUCUCCCUGCACAUAGAUGGUAAGCUAUACCAGGAGAAGGUCCAGUCAAUUAUGUACCUGAGGCAUUCCAACAGUGGAGGCAAGUCUGCCAGCAGCUCUGUGGUCUCUCUCUCCCCCACGGUCUUCAUCGAAGCUCUCUCUGAAGGCCACCCCCAUGUUCCUUCCCCUGAACAUGGUGCUGAUGAUCAGUCGUUGCAUCCCCCCAGUCUGGCACCCUCGCCAUACUCCUCCCCCAUGCUGACACCCCGACUUGGACAUGGCAGCUCCAGUGAGGCAGGUGAGGGAGAAGGUGUCUCCCUUGCUACACAGCAAGCUCUAGGCAGCACAGAGACACUCAAGCGGGGCACAGGCGACGAGCAGCUUCUCAGCAGCUGUGAAUCAGCCAAGACCAUUUGUGACUCUAAGGAAGGCGACGGGGUAGGGGCCCUUCGCACCCCUUCCAUCAGUGUGGAGGAGGAGCGGGACGAGGUUGGGGAGGUGGACAGUCUGGCCGAGGGCAGUGUCGGGGUGGCAGAGUCUGAAGACAGGUUUGACUGGGCCAGUGAUGAGGCACCCCGCCGCCCCGACAGCCUGAAGGGCAUCCAGUCCUUCCAGAGGAGCCAGAGCAACCUGGCCAGCCUGGGCCUGGCUUUUCCCGCAUCAAACGGCUCCUUGGCCAUUGGCCGCUGGCCCACUUCGGCUGACCGAGGCUCCCUUCCUGAGGACUGGGAGAGCUACACCUACUCCCCUGGGUAUGAGAGGGCUCACAGCAAGACUGACUCCAAUGACAGGUCCAGUACAGAGGAUUGUCUGGUGCUGAUUUGUUGUGGACUCUAUGAUCUGCUGAGGGGGGUGCUGCUGCUGCUGCCUGACCUCAUGCUGGACGAGGUGAUGGACAAGCUUAUUCAGCCAGAGGCCCUCAUUGUCCUCGUCAACCACUCCUCACCCCUCAUCCAGCAAGGAGUCAUGAAGCUGCUGGAUGCUUAUUUCAGCCGAGCAUUUAAGGAGCAGAAAGAGAAGUUCCUGAAGAACCACGGCUUCUCCCUGCUGGCCAACCAGCUGUACUUGCACCAGGGUAGUAGGGGGCUACUGGAGUGCUUCCUGGAGAUGCUGGUCGGAUGUCCCGUUGGUCUGGAAGAAGAUCUGGACCUUGAUGAAAUGGAGAACAUCUCCCCCUUCAGGAAGCGCUGCAUCAUCCCGGUGUUGGGUCUGAUUGAGAACUCGCUGUAUGACAACUCUCUGGUGCAUAACAUCCUGUGUAUGCUGCAGCAGCUCCUCAAUGCCUGCCCCAAGCUGGCAGACAUCCUGCUGGACCAUGGCCUCCUCUAUGUACUGUUCAACACUCUCUCCACACUCAACGGCAUGGAGAAUGGCAUUCCUCUUAAUGACUACAAACUCCUGGUGUGUGACAUCCAGCAGCUGUUGGUGGCAGUGACCAUCCAUUCCUGCAGCUCCUCAGGUUCUCAGUACUUUCGCAUCAUUGAAGACCUCAUCACCUUGCUGGGCUUUAUGCAGACUAGCAAGAUGCGUCGCACACAAGAGAUGGCGAUGGCUCUUCAGUUCCGUGUCCUCCAAUCAGCGAUUGAGUUCAUAAAGACCACAGCAAAUCAGGACCCCCAGAAGCUGAGCAGCUCUGUGAAUGUACCCAGCUCUCCACAUCAUGCCAUUUAUCAGAAACGCAAGAGUAUUGCGGGUUCCAUCGCCAUGAAAGACUCCAUUAUGCCCCGCCUUUCCAGACAGCACUACUGCUCCUAUGGCCAGAUACCUCUGCCCCCUCCCUUCAGCUUCCUCUCCCAGGACUCCCCCCUCCCCUCCCCCACCGGAACGCCAUCCUACAUCUUUCAGUGUAACUCAGGCCGUCGCCGGUUCUCCCUGGCCCAGUCUGACUCUCUCCUGACACGGAUGCGCUCCGUAGCUAGCGACGAGCUGAACCAGAUGAUGCAGAGGAGGAUGAGCCAAGAGAAUCCCAUUCGAGCCAGUGAGACAGAGUUUGUACAGCGUCUGCAGAGGCUUGUGGUGUUGGCCGUAAACAGACUCAUCUACUAUGAUGUUAGCAUGGACUUCUACGACCUGCUGAAUAUUCCUGACUCCCCAGACCACCAGGUGACCACACCCGAUCCAGGUGACCGGACACAGGACGAGAGUGGCUUCGCCUCUGUCCCAUCCUCACCCAUCCCUUUUCCGCUACCCCCUGCCAGCAAAAAGUGUUUUCAGAAGGACAUCCUCAAACUCAUGAUGGACGGCAUCAAAAUCAGCGUGGGCAGUACGGGUCGCGGCGGAACCCCACAUCAACAGUGGCGCAGGAUCCUGUGGUCGUGCCGGGACACCUUCCGGGUACAGAUUGGUCGCUUGCUUGUCCACACGCUCAGCCCCGCACGGCUGCUGUGUGACAGGAAGGAGGCGCUGGAAUUUGUGUUUGAUGCCAGACACUCUGAGAUCCUCCGGGAGAGUCUCAGCCCAGGUCUAGAGCAUGGACCCAAGUUGGCUCUCUACCUGUAUGAGAUGCUACAUGACCACAAGGACAGCCUCACGAAGGAGGAACAGAGUGCUGUAGGCAUAUUCAUGACCUCGCUCAAGCUGUGUGGCCAUCGCUGCAUCCACCCAAAUGCGCCACACAAACCAGACCUGGUCAAGGCCAUAAAAGAGGAAAAAUUCAAAUACGAGGCUGAGGAGAAAACAAGUAAAGUGGCAUGGGAAAAGAAAAUGUCCAAUACCCAGAGGGGUCUGAUCCAGAGGCUGGAGGGGAAAUCUAAAGACAUUUCCAAGAUUGCAGCAGAUAUCACCCAGAAUGUGUCCCUGCGGCAAGGCAUGGAGAGAAAGAAAGUCAUUCAGCACAUCAGAGGGCUUUACAAGAUCGACCUGAGCGCCAGUCGCCACUGGCAGGAACUUGUGCAGCAACUCACACAUGACCGUGCUGUAUGGUAUGACCAGACAUCCUACCCCACGUCCUGGCAGCUGGACCCCACAGAGGGGCCAAACCGCGAGCGCCGGCGGCUGCAGAGGUGUUACCUCACCAUCCCCAACAAAUACCUGCUCAAGGACAGACGCAAGGCUGAAGACACAGUGAAGACACCAUUGUCAUUCCUGUUUGAGGAUAAGACUCACUCCUCCUUCUCCUCCACGGUGAAAGACAAGGCCACUAGUGAGCCCAUCAGGUUCACCAGACGAUGCAUGAGUGUUGCCCCGUCCAGAGAGACAGCAGGAGAACUGCUUCUGGGAAAGACUGGGAUGUACUUUGUUGAGGACAAUGCUGCUGAUGCUCAUGACAGCCAGAGCCUUCAUGGAGAGACCGAGGCAGCCUCUUUCUCCUGGACAUAUGAGGAGAUCAAAGAGGUCCAUAAGCGGUGGUGGCAGCUGAGAGACAACGCUGUGGAGAUCUUCCUCACGAAUGGCAGGACCCUUCUGUUGGCCUUUGACAACACUAAGUUUCGUGAUGACGUGUACCACAACAUCCUGACCUCUGACCUACCCAACCUACUUGAGCAUGGCAACAUCACUGCGCUCACACAGUUGUGGGGCUCAGGACAGAUCUCCAACUUUGAGUAUCUCACACACCUCAACAAGCAUGCUGGCCGCUCCUUCAAUGACCUCAUGCAGUAUCCAGUAUUCCCCUUUAUCUUACGAGACUACACCAGUGAGACGCUAGAUCUGCAGGACCCCAGCAUCUAUAGAAACUUGAGCAAACCCAUUGCAGUCCAGUCAAAAGAAAAAGAAGAUCGCUAUGUUGACAACUACAAGUACCUGGAGGAGGAGUACAAGAAAGGUAUUCGUGAAGAUGACCCCAUGCCUCCUGUUCAGCCCUACCACUACGGCUCUCACUACUCAAACAGUGGCACCGUGCUGCACUUCCUAGUCCGAAUGCCACCCUUCACUAAGAUGUUCCUGGCCUACCAGGACCAGAGCUUUGAUAUCCCGGACCGGACCUUUCACUCCAUGAACACCACAUGGCGCCUCUCCUCCUAUGAGUCCAUGACUGAUGUCAAAGAACUCAUUCCAGAGUUCUUCUACCUCCCAGAAUUCCUGGUCAACAGAGAGGGCUUUGACUUUGGGGUGCGUCAGAACAGCGAGCGGGUCAAUCAUGUAAACCUACCCCCAUGGGCCCGGAAUGACCCACGUCUCUUUAUCCUGAUCCAUCGGCAGGCACUGGAGUCGGACCAGGUCUCCCAGACACUCUGCCAGUGGAUUGACCUGGUGUUUGGGCUUAAGCAGAAAGGCAAAGCUGCUGUCCAGGCCAUCAAUGUCUUCCACCCAGCUACCUAUUUUGGCAUGGACGUCUCAGCUGUAGAGGACCCGGUGCAGCGGCGAGCCUUAGAGACCAUGAUCAAAACAUAUGGACAGACUCCCAGGCAGCUGUUCAAUGGAUCCCACAUAAGCAGGGCUGGCCCCAGGCUCAUGAUGGAGGGGGAGCUGCCUGCAGCUAUGGGUCUCCUAGUGCAGCUUGCAUUUAGGGAAAACAGAGAACAGACCAAGGAAAUAGUCUAUCCGAGCCCCCUCCCAUGGAUCAAAGGUUUGAAGUGGGGUGAAUAUGUAGGAUCUCCCAGUGCUCCAGAUCCGGUGGUAUGCUUCAGCCAGCCCCAUGGAGAGAGGUUUGGAUCACUGCUCGCUCUCCCAACACGAGCCAUAUGUGGGCUGUCACGCAAAUUCUGCCUUAUGAUGAUUUACAGCAAGGAGCAGGGUGUCAGAAGCAUGCACAGCACAGACAUCCAGUGGUCUGCCAUCUUGAGCUGGGGCUAUGCAGACAACAUGUUGAGAUUGAAGAGCAAGCAAAGCGAGCCACCCAUCAACUUCAUCCAGUGUUCACAGCUUCACCAGGUGACCAGCUGUGCCUGGGUGCCCGAUGGCUGCCAGCUAUUCACAGGUAGCAAGUGUGGAGUCAUCACCGCCUACAGCAACCGCUUCACUAGCACCACUCCCACAGAGAUGGAAGUGGAGUCUCAGGUCCACCUGUAUGGACACACAGCAGAAGUCACCAGCCUAUUUGUGUGUAAGCCCUACAGCAUCCUCAUCAGUGUUAGCAAAGAUGGCACCUGUAUCCUCUGGGACCUAAACAGGCUGUGUUAUGUACAAAGCCUGACAGGCCACAAAAGCCCCGUGACAGCAGUGUCUGCCAGUGAGACCACAGGAGACAUUGCAACAGUUUGCGAUUCAGUGGGGGGAGGUAGCGACCUGCGUCUGUGGACGGUGAACGGGGAUCUGAUCGGCCACGUCCACUGCAGAGAGAUAAUCUGCUCUGUGGCCUUCUCCAAUCAGCCCGAGGGUGUAUCUGUGAAUGUCAUCGCUGGGGGGCUCGAGAACGGCGUGGUCAGACUUUGGAGUACCUGGGAUUUAAAGCCAGUGAGAGAGAUCACCUUCCCCAAGUCGAGCAAACCUAUCAUCAGCCUGACCUACUCAUGUGACGGCCACCACCUCUACACAGCCAACAGCGAAGGCACAGUAAUGGCCUGGUGUCGGAGGGACCAGCAGCGCAUGAAACUUCCCAUGUUCUACUCCUUCCUAAGCAGUUACGCAGCAGGUUGACGCCUUCCAGAGGCACACCUUGUACCUUUACUCCGCGACAGCUCUUUGUCCAUGCCAGCCUCUCCAGGCGCAGUCUUUCCCCCUCCUACUGGAACAAAGAAAUGUCAGCAUGACUCUGCCGUGCCUCUGGACCCUGCCCUGACUCUUCUGUAUAAAGCCAUCCCGAUCUGAACAAACGCUACCCAAGCCACUCCCAAUAUAAAGCAAUGAAAUUAUAAAAAAAAAGUACUAUAUGUAUAUAUAUUUAUAGACCCACUGUAGUAGAGAGGUUGGGCUAAGUGGAGUGAGACUUUAGCUGAAAUUGCAACAGACACUUUAUACAAAACAACAUUUCUGGAGUGUGUAAGAUUUGAUUUGUCGUUUGUCUUCGGUAUUGCAUUCGAGUCCUUUUUAGUUUUCUCAUCUGAUCUCUGCCUGGUGUCAUUGCCGAUGCUGACUUUGCCGUUCCUAAUAAGCUGCUAUAUACUGGCCAAGUCAGAUUGGAAGUGAGGAGACACUUUGCCUGCUGCAUGUCGCCUGAAGGAUUGCUGCUGGAGCUCAGAGAGAGCGUCCUGCUGAUGCUGCAGUAUCUGGGAGGAAGCCACUCCUUAUGUCUGUCAACAGACAAUGUCCUGCCCCCCCGUGGGAGUGAGACACCGCUCUGCUGGGCUGUCCACACUACUUAAGUCUCAGCACCUGUUCCUCAGUUCUGGAUCAUUGCAUACUUGUACACCAGCCUGGCAGAGGAGGGGGUGAGGGAAGCUUCGGUUUGUUUGGAUGCGUUGCUCCUUGUAUUGCCUGUUGUUUCGUCCUACUUUCGCAUGCUAGAAUGAUUCCAACCUUGUGCGUGGGUGUGAGUGUGCCUGUUUAGAUGUGAGAAAUACUGCCAUCAUACUCUUUUGUUGCGCCCUGCCUUGUUUAAACCUUGUUCUGCUGUCUAUUUAUUAUCAGUGCUGAGGAGACUCAUCUUUGCUCCCUUUUUGUGUUGCUCCUCUUGUUUACCGUCUUAAAAUGUCCACAUCUCUCAAACGCAUUAAAACCUAUCACUACUUCCUAGGGCUCACUAAAAUUAAUGACUGAAAUCAACACUAGGAGACUGAGAAAGCAAUCAACAAAACCAGCAUCAGAUGCUGUUGCAGCCCAUAGGGGUAUUCUCUGGAGAACCAUAGAGGAAGCUCUUGAAUGGCCCUCUCUGCUCUACAUCGCUAUUCUCGGUGCCUGAACAGUGUUACACAAAGACCGUACUGGCUGGGUGAAGUGAGGGACAUUUUGUCCAGCAGUGAAAAGAUAUUUUGAGGGCCACACUGAUGCUCACACUUCUGAUGGGAAUUAAAGCAUACUGGUUAGAUAAACCUUGCCCGGGAUUCAUUCUCGUCCUCUCUGGUUUCAAAAUCUUAAUACAACCCACACGCUCUUCAAUAAAAGGAAAACAAUUCAGUAGUAUAUUCAACCUACCAAUGUAUACAUGGCUGUACGACUUUCAACACAUUCCCAGUCAAAUUAGUGCACAAAGAUUGGUUUGGUUUUUGUAUUUUGUCAUGACGGAAAAGGUUGGAGCAGUUUUUAAUGGGAUGGGACCACCGCUAAUAGUCCAAGCCAUUGAUCUGUGUGGUCUCGGUUUGCCAUGUGACAUGAGUUCUAAAAUUUGUCUCCUGAAAAAUGUAUACCACCAUGCAAUAUAAGGUAUUAAGGACGAUGAUGCCUAUGGUCAUUUUAUGAUUUUCUAUAUUAGGGAGAAAACUAAGGAUACUGGAUAAAGUUCAAUGUUCUGUUUUUGCCUUUGCAGUCAUUAAUGGAAGAAAUAAUUAAUGUCUUACGUUUCUCACUCCUGACUUGACUGAAACGUGUUUACGAGAAAGGGAAAAAAAUCAAUGACUUUCGUGACGUCACCCCUUUAAUGCGACUGUCUUGACCGCACCCAUCCAAACCCCGCGCUGAACUCUUGUUUGAUUUGCUCCACGGAUGUUUACAGUGGUGUCCCGCUCGCACGUGUACAUACAGCUCCCCUUUGACCCCCACGUCAUCUGAAGGCGUUGUCUCGGCUGCUGCAGGCAGAAUUACCCCCAAGCUGUUCUCCUGGACAUUUGUAGGGGUGGGUCGACUCGGUCUGUUUCGAGAAAUUUGCAGCAAAAAAAAAAAAAAACGCAGGGAGGAAGAUGGGGAGGAGGGGGGUGGUGGGCAUAAUGAAAGUUGUGCUAUUUGACGCAGAAGAAACUAUAUAUUUU